UGAUGUUGGUACUAUACAAUUAUUUCCUUUUCUUAUUUUUGCCUUUUUCAUUUCAGGACCAGCCUCAUUGUGUUCCCGAAGGUCAAAAAUGCCCUCUUUUACACCGACAAGAAUCAUUCGAUCAAGCUCGACAGCCGACAUUUAUCAAUUCGCUACCUCGGGCCUCAGAGCACAAAAAUUGGCGGAGGCGGCGGAGGAGGAGGUGCCGGUAGUGGCGGCGGCGGCGGUAAUAAUAGUGUUUCUGGUGGCAACAAACCUGCCACCGCUCCCGGCAGCAAUCAGCCUAAGAUUAAGCCCCGGAGUGAACCACCGCCCAAAGCUAAUCCUCAGCCUGACCCGAAGCCUAAAGAGUCAGAGGAUGACAAAAUUGUGGUGAUUCAAAAUCUACCGAAAGGAAUCGGUAAAAUUGGCGUGUUGCAGAUUAUCCCCACAGCAAAGAAGGUCAAUUUUAAGGGGCCACCAAAGAAAUCCAAGUUUGAGUCUGCCUUGUUGGAGUUCAACACUAUAGCUCAGGCGAAUGCUGUUAUCAAGAAGAACGGUCAGUUGAGAGUUGGUGACCACACACUCUUCAUUGAAUCCAUGACUAAUCACAAAAGGCGGCCGAAGAACCAACUCGAAGGACCUUUCCAUGAACAGACUCCCCCAAAGUCAUCCAACGAGGCCAAAGACAGAGGUGGUGGCGGUGGCAAUGACAAAUCCAACCAACAGAAAAUGGCGCAGGGAGCCAUGGGUUCCGGCCCCAACGAGGACAAGCGCUUUGUGUUUAUGAGUAAGCGCGGAGGUGACCAACAGCAAUCUCUUGGUCCAGAGAUGGGCCAGUAUGAGAAAGAUUUAACAAACCUUUUCAACUUUCCCAAAGCUGGGACCAACCCUGCUGCUCUCCAGUACGGCUUGGCUGCUCUGGAGAACUUGUUAUCGCGGGCCGCAAAAAUGGGGAUGAAUGAGCUGAAGAGCCUAUUAACGGCGAACCCCCGACUGCACCAACUCUUUGCAGAGAACCAGGACUUUCAGCCCCGCCUGCAGAAGUUGUUUGCCCAUAACCAGGACUUCCAACCCCAGCUGAAACGGUUGUUUGCUGCAAAUCAGGUUUUCCUUCCCAAACUGCAAAUGCUUAUUGCAGCCUCCAGCCAGCAGCAACAGAGCAAAGAGAACCUCAACUUCAACAUGGGGUCCCUCGGUCCCUUCGGACCUCACGGGCCCCUCCGACCGCAAGGUCACCCGAUGGGGCCACCCCAGGGCUCCAUGAGGCCACCGUCGGGAUCUGUCAGGCCGUCGCAAGGAUCUGGCCGGAUGAUGCAGGGCCCGGGCGGGCCGCCGAUGAGCAUGCAGGAGCAGCAAGCGUUUAAGAAAGAGAUGAUGGUGAGACAACAGCGCCGGAUGUACAGUGCGGCACGUGGCGCCGCCGACGACGAGGAGGAGGAGGAGGAGGAGGAGGAUGAUAACAACGAAAGGGGUUACCGCGAGGAGCAAGGAUUCGGCAACGCUCGGAACUUCCCCGGCAGGGACGGCGGCUCUGGGCCCUGGCCGAAACAGGACGAGGGUCGGUCCCAGCCGCACCCUAGAAUGUUUGACGAGGAGCCAGGCUUUCCCUUCCGUCGCCGUAUGAACUUUGAGGGCGACGACGAUGAUAGAAGACCCCCGUCUCAGCACCACCAUCACCGCCGCCAACAGCAGCAGCAACAACAACAACAGCAGCAUCAUCAUCAUCAUCAACAACAUCAACAAAAACAGCCAAUGUUUACAGAAGAGAUGGAGGAAUUUGCUGAAAAGCAGCGUGUGCUGUACGACCAGGAGAGCGAAAACCGUGACCGGCCGCCGGCCUCCCCCUCCUCCAAGCGCCGUAUGUUCGGGGCGAACGAGGACUCGAUGUAUAGCGAGGACCAGGCGCUGCUACACUCGGGGAGACAGCAAGGGUUUUACAAGGGCAGAGGUGGGGGCGACGAUGACGACUUUGCUCCCCCCCACAAGCGACGGGCGAUAUACGUCGACGAACCCGAGAGGGGAGGACCGAAUCGCCAUCAGAGGCCCUUCGGAGGCGGCGGAGGAGGAGGAGGUGGAGGUGGUGGAGGAGAUAACCUGCAAGAUUUUAAUGAGGGCCCUAGAAUGUAUGGGGCUUUUGGCGGCAGCGGUGGUGGUGGUGGGAGAGACAAUUUUGGUGGUGGCGGAAGAGACAACUUUGGCGGUGGUGGUGGUGUCGAUCCCAGCAACCAGGAAGGAGGAGGCUUUGAUGGAUCUCGGAACAGGGAGUAUCCAGGCUCCAGACCUUACGACGAAUUUAGACAUCGCGGAGGUGGCGGCAAUGGUGGUGGUGGUGGUGGCCGUCUUGGCGUGGAAGACGACCGUAUGGGAGGAGACGCUGGCGGACGGAAAUCCCGGGAGAUGUUCGACGAAAACAUGGACUUUCCUAACCGAAAUCCGAAGAUGUUUGGACACAACGAGCCUUUCCAUAGUCACGGGGGUAGCGACAGCUUUUCGGGGUCAAUGAUGCCCCCUCAACAAUCCAAUUUGGACACGAGCGCUCCCGGCCCCAGCAUUGGUGAAACGAAACUCAACUACGUCUCCUUUGAUUAUAACCACCAGCACUCUAAUGUUCCCCUAACGGACAUGGAGCCGUUCAGUAACAACCCCGGAAAUUUCUCAGCCGGUGGCGCUGGCAGUGUUUCGCCCUCGUCCAUGAUGGGACAGGACAGCGGCAACAACGCCCCCUACGAUAGGCACGGCCCCUCCAUGUCGAGAAGUGCUGGAGGCGACGAUGGUAACCAGUUUGGCCAGAGGGGUAUGGAACCGUCUGGUCCUGGUUUUGACAACGAAAUGGAUCAGUCGUACUCCUCGCGGGACGACCAGUUUGGCCAGAGGCCCCCUCAGUUUGGUGUCGGUUCGAGAAACCUGAAGUCAGCCCUGAAGAAUAGCUCUGCUUAUAGGUUUGAGGACAGUUCCAUGUCGGCCGGGAACUCCGACCAGGGCAAGGACGUUCAUAGCGGUGACUUUGGCAGUAACAACAACAACAACCGGAUGUCAGAUCCGAGUGAAAAUCCGGACUCUGGAAGGGGUUUCAGGGACCGGGACCAUGAAGAGAGAGACACGUUUAUGGGCACUUGGAGGAGCCCCCUUGGUAUGGGAAACUACCAGCAGGAGAGAGGAGACGACGUGGGCAGACCCGGAAGCGGGUUCGGUGAUGAUAUGAGCGGCAACAGACAGAUGGAUGACACGGCCAGUGUGGAGCAGCAGCAGAUGUCGGGCAGCGGUAGCUUCCAUGGGAAUAUGGAUCGUGGCGGGUUUCAGUACGGUGGGAAUGCGAGGGGUCAGUCCGACGGCGGAGAGGAUUUCCCGGAUUGGGGCCGCCAGAGGGACGGCGAAAACGAGGGUUUUGGAGUCGGGAGGGAUAGCAGCGGUGGUGCUGGUGACAGUGGUCGUAGGAUGCAGAUGGGCGAGUCCCACGACUACGGACACAAGAGCAGUGAGGGCUAUAACAGGUAUUACGGUAGUGGUGGUGGUGGUGGUGGUGGCGGUGGCGGCGGUAGUGAUAGCCUCGGUGAUGACAGACCUUCCUACCCCAGCCGUGGCGCCAACAAAAACAACGACGACGACAUCGAAGAUCCUGGUUACAACGUGAAGUGGGGCCAAGGGGUCGGUAGCCUGGAUCGAGGUUCGUCGAGGGAACGUAGCUGGAUGUCCCGGGGCGACCCUGCGGACUAUCGCCGCGUCGAGGACGACAACAACAACGACGACGACGAUAGGGGCAAAGGGGCCGGUUACGGUUUCCAGUCGGACAGCGAGAACAGAGGGAGCCACUUGUACGAGGACAACUGGCAGCAGAGCGGGGAUUACCGCCACCACGAUAGCAAGUCGGAUUAUCCGGGAGACGGAGCUGGUGGUCAUAGAAUCGAGUCGUCGUUCCGGCGCGGGGUCAGCUACGGCCGAGACGAGGACCUGGAAGAACCGGCGCGCGAUGAGGAGGCCCCGUACUAUCGUUCCGGCAGGAGUGUUGCGUUUGAGAGGGACAACUAUAGUUAUAACGAGGAAUAUGACAAUGGCGGUAACGAGAGUAAUACUAAUGUGGAUGAAGGCGGUUAUUAUAGUGGGGGCGGGGCUGCUAUGGAGCAGAAUUUGUCCGACGAUAGGGAGAGCUACAGAAGGCAGGAGAGAUAUGGGGAGCAGAAAAUGGAAGAGGAUUUUGAACAGGACGGCUCUGAUCCUCCCCUUGGCUGGAGAAGCUCCUCAUCGAAACAGGACGGCUCUGACCCUCCGCUUGGCUGGAGAAGCUCUUCAUCGAAACAGGACGGCUCUGACCCACCGCUUGGCUGGAGAAACCCCGGGUCGAAACAAGACGGCUCCGACCCUCCGCUCGGCUGGAGAAACCCCGCGUCGAAACAGGACGGUCCCGACCCCCCGCUCGGCUGGAGGAACCACAAGUAUUUUUCCUCGUCGCCAUCCAAGUCGGAUCCCCCGUCCUCGUCGAGGAGGGGCCGGGACGACGCGGAAGGUGGCGGCAGCUGGGAGAGGAACCAACGCGGUUCUGGGUACCACGGCGACCGAUCCGGCGGGGAACAAGGGCAUCGAAGAGGGCGGUCGUCGCGCAGUAACCGGUCGUACGGCCGCAAUUCCAACCGCGACAGAGCAGGAUCGAGGUGCGGCGGCGGCGGUGGUGGUCGAGGUUCCUACGGCGACGCGUCCGAAGGUGACGCGAAUACCGGCGGCGGCAGCAAGGAGGACCAGUACGGGCAAGACACGAUGCGGAAGGUCGUAAUGUCGAGGGACUGGAAAGGCGACGGAGGAGGCGGAGGGGAGAUGAUGCGUCGCCACCACAAGCAGUCGAGGUGGAACUAAGGUCCCGUGGGCUCUCACACGGUCGAGGGAACAGCUUACGGUCGAAAAACGAACAAGCAAGUGGAAGCUGCAAUACGAGUCGAGGGACGGCCAUCUCGGCAGUUUCUUCCAACACGGCAAAA